GAAUUGCUUUAUCAGAUGGAAUUGUGCGAUCAAAAAGAUCAAUGUUAGCAUCUAUAAAUUCGACAGAAGUUGAUCGUUGGUAUGAAUUCUAUUUUCACCAACAAUUUAAUCAUGAUAUUUUCACGUAUGUUCAAUCAAAGUUAGAUAAUUAUAAAGCUACAGAAGAAAAACAAGGAUUUAAAGUGAUUAUUAAUACAUUUUCAAACAUAAAUGCUGAUAUAAGUUCUUAUUUGAACGAACAGAUUAAUAACACAGAUCAUACACAAAAUCACCUUCAACUUUGGCAGCGUAAUGUCACAAAUUUUUUAUCACUAUCUAAUAAAUUAUCGAGCUCCUUUGAUAACCCGACAUUACUUAAACUACGCGUAUAUAAUGAUUUAUCCAAAUCUCUUCCUUUCACGAAACUUAUUGAAAUCAGAAAUUUCGAACAGGAAUUAGAAAACGAUGACAUGUGUUUAGGAGUGCUCCAACAUGAUUCGCCCGUUCGUCUUCAUCUCUACAUGAAAAUUUUUUCCCAAGACCCAUUGCCUUUAACAUUCGUCACUAUUUACAACAUAUUCUAUAUUGAAAGUUUUGAGAACGAUGAUCUAUUCUUUAAUUUGAUUAAUAAACCACUCGAAGUAUUGGAAAAUUCAGAACAACUACAAGCUAUUGAAGAUGUAUUGUCUAAACAAAUAGAUUCAUCAAUGGAAGCAUUAUGUUGCGAUGUAAUUCAAACAAAAUUUUUUGUGAUUUGCGAGUUUAAUCAACUUGCGAAAUAUUAUUUGAAAGCAACAGAAAUUCUGAUUACAAAUGAUGUUAAAGCAUUGCAACUUAUCUCUGCGAUUGCGCUUUUAAAAACUUUUGCAAAUAAACUUUGGAAUUCUGCUGUAAAAUCAAUUUCUUUAACUGAUCAAAUAGAAUUUAAGUUUGAAGCUGAUAAAUUUAAUAUUGAUUAUUUGAACAAUCGAUUGGUAUUAGAUCAACCAUUGAUUCAUUCGUUCAAGGUUUAUUUGUUGAAGUCAUUACGGUUAAAAGGAUUAUCUAUCAAUGAUAUAAAUCAAUUUUGUGAAACGCAACAGCAACUGCUCCCAUGGCUUGGCGCAUUGCUGUGGGAUGGUCAUGAUAGCCGUCUUGAUUUUAAUCCAUAUUGGUGCCUUGAACAUUACAAACAAGUUGAAUUGGCAUCAAAUAAAAUCAUCAUAGGAGAUAAAUCACAUUUGAAUGAAAUAUUACAUGAAAUUUCAGAUCCAAACGUAAAUGAUGUGAUUGCAAAAAAAGUUUCUUUUGCAGGGAUGAUCAUAACAAAGUUCUAUCUUAUUCAAGCUUCUCGUGAAUUGAAACAGUCAGAAAACUAUUUGUCUCAUCAGAUUAUUGAAUGCUUGAAUUCAUCACAGCUUCCUGCCGUUUACAAAAAUAAUCUUCUUAAUUUCUUAUCAAAUAAGUAUCCAUUUCGUAAGAUUACUACUAAUGAUGAUAAUACUAAAUUGCUUAUAUCUUCGGUUGUUGCGCAUGUUGUGGCACUGCAUAUUUCAAUUCCCGCCAAUGCUUCUCCAUUGGCUGCAUACAUGCAAAAUUUAUCGAAUUACAAGGAUGCUUUUAUAUUGACAUGUCCAUCAGAUGAACAAUCAGUAAUACUUAAUUUAUUGAUUGCUGAGACAUUGCAAGAUCCAGAUUACAAAUAUAAAGGAUAUGCAUGUCCUUGUGGAUAUAUUUAUGUAGUUGUUGAUUGUGGUAAUGUAAAAGAUGAAAGUAAUUGUCCUAAUUGUAAAAAAAUGAUUGGUGCCGUAAAUGGAGAAUAUGGUAAAGCUGCUCAAGGAACUAUUCGUCUGGAUGAGAAUCCAUUAACUCAAGCAGCCAAUGCACACGAUGAGCCUGGAUAUAUUAUAGAAACGCGAAAAACUGAAGAUUACUAUAGUGUCCGAUCAAUGUCUCCGACUGCUUAUAGAAUCCUUCAUUUAUUUGUGCAUGCAAUAAUUGGUAUACAAGCACCUUCAGAUGUUGUCACAAACUUUGUUACAAAUAAAAAGAAUGUAAAUGACAUUGGUGAUAUAAUAAAUUAUUGUGAUAGACAUAUAAAUAAUGAUUGGGAAGCGUUGAAAAAUAUUUUGGCUUGUGGAGACGAACAUUUGUCAUUGGUUAUUCAUUCCAUUCUUUCAGAGAUGUCACAAGAGCCCCUUCAGAUAAUCGAAAAAUUCACGACACCCCUUCAGAGAGAAGCUUGGGAAGCGCAAUUUAGCCAGCGGUAUGUUUCUCCAAAAAUAAAAAAUGUCAUUGGGACUGCUACUGAUUUUCGCAUGGUGAUGUCUACAAACACUCCGAAAAUUGAAGCUGAAAUUAACGAAAUGGUUGUAGUCAAUGACAAAUAUUGUAAGGACCACUUACCACGCUUAUGGCGCUUAAUUGGAGAGACAAGUGAUGAUACUGGAGAAACUAUGAAGUCAUUAAAUGAAGCAUUCAACAGUUUUGCUGAAUCGUGGAAUACUUUGGCUCCACAUAUUAAACGAUAUGACUGUACCGAGCUACCAAAGGCAAUGCCAAUAAUAAAUGAUAAUUCUAUUGUUACGUAUGGAUUGUUGGAGCCACUUAAUGAAUCUAUAUUUAUAUGCGCUACAAUAGAUUUUGUUGUUAAAUUGCAAAAUAAUUUUCUCAAAGAUAUUUUAGUGAUUCCUCCAGGAACUUGUAAAUCUUUAAAAUUUUUGGA